AUGGCCGACAGCCUGGUGAAACCCGGACCGUCCGGUAAAAAACCGGUCGUGACGAUCACGGCCAGCGCCGCGGCCAGCGUGACGGCGGCGGCCAGGGCGGCCAUGAACAAAGACAAAGACAACGUUCAGAUAAACGACGCGGUCAGCAAAGUGUUGCAAGGAUACGACUGGACAUUGGUGCCGGUGAUGGCCAAACCACCUUCCGAAAAGAAAAGCUCUCACGUCAAGAGACCUAUGAACGCCUUUAUGGUCUGGGCUCAAGCCGCUCGUCGCCAACUGGCCGAACAGUAUCCACAACUUCACAACGCCGAACUCAGUAAAACGCUCGGUCAGUUAUGGAGAUUACUCAGCGACAGCGACAAAAAACCAUUCGUCGAGGAAGCCGAGCGAUUACGAGUGAUACACAAAAAACGAUAUCCCGAUUACAAGUAUCAGCCUCGUAGACGCAAAACGCCUAAGAACGUUAACAAACCGGAUAAAUGUCAACAGGAUAACACUGAGCCGAACGAACACCAAUAUCGACAGCAUAAAAAACCCGACAACGGCAACAGCUCUAGCGGCCGGUCUAUCAAACAAGAAAUAGUCACCACCAGCUCCCCGUCGAUUAGCAACAGUCCAACCGGUUCGCCGUCAGACCCGCUGACUCCACCCACUACUCCCAAUUAUUAUCCGGCCAAACCUCCCAGGAACAGUUACUGCAACACACCAUACAAUAAUAAUUACGCAGAAGCCGCCAUCGACUACAGUUUGGAUUUUGGCCGGAUGGACGAUCUGCCGGCCGUGGAGUCCAUAGGGGCCGACAUGGUGGACAACUCGGAACUCGACCAAUACCUGACACAAUACCCGUCCACUUCCGGUGCGUGGGCGGAACCGGAUCAGUACUACCACCACGGCAGGUAUCACGAACUCCAACCUAACGGCGCGGCCGCCGCCAGGCCGAUCCAGAACUUCUCCGAAUGUCAAACUCCUUUUUCACCCUCGUAUCAGUACGUGGUGAACAACUAUAAUUGAACAUACCCGCUGGAAAAAAAAAAUAAAACACUAAUUUUGUUUUUAAGACUAUGUCCGGUGAAAAAAAAAAUACAAACAAAAAAACUGUCAAGCGAGCUCGAUAAACGUAUGUACGCGCUGUAAUUAUUUUUUUUAUUUUUAAUAUGUGUAAAAAAAAAACAAAAUGUCCAAUCACCGCGUGAUAAUGUUAUACAAAUCAAUAGGUGCGAUAUAAUAUUAUAAUUAAUAUUUUACAGUAUGUACAAUAUAUUAUUAUUAUGUAUUAAGCACCGAAUGUGAAAUUUUGCUCAAUUCACGAGCUGGCUUGACUGCGGAAAUAACAAUAAUUGGGUUGUACAAUUAAAUAUCAGUUUUUUUUUUCAAUUGUAUGGGCGAUGCAAUAAUUUCACGAACCAGGCAUAAUACAUUUUAUACUCUCAGUAGGAUAAGGAUAAUUUUUUGUUUACAGUAAUUUUAAAAGCCAUAUUAUUGGAAAUAAAUGAGAUUCUAAUAUCUGCGUUGUUCGUUACACGAAUUUAGUAUAAAAAAUGGCUAUGAUUUGUGAAACUACUUCAACGCCUGUUCGGUCCAUGGACUGAGCACAACAUCAUAUUAUGGAUAGGAUGUAUAUACAUUACAAUAUAAUAGUUUGACUGAUAGUGGCAAGGACUUAUAAUUGUUUUUAAGAA